AUGCCAAUAGAAUAUCCUGAAAUAUCAAAUGAAGCAAUUGCUUAUAUAUUUUAUGUCAAAGAAUGGAAUGAUGUCUCCUCUGUAACAAACGAUGUAAUUAAAAACUCAGUAUUCCUAUUCAAACUGACACAUAUGGACGAGCCUAGUGGUGGAAGUUCUAAAGUAGGAUGUCCUUAUUUUGUAUGUCCACUUGCUGGUAAUGAAAUAUUAAAUGCAUAUCAUAAGACAGUAAAUCUUGAAAAUGACCAAUUUAUUUUGAAUCUUAAUUCAAACAUUCCUUCCGAAAGACAAAGACAUGUUACUACUCAAAUUGAGUACCUUGCAGCUAUUGCAGUGAAAUGCCCCUUUAAUAAUUAUCAAUGUGGCAGAAAACCUUGUAUAAAAAAAUACAAAAUUCAUGGAACUGAUGAAUUUAGUGACAUUAUCAGUUGUGAUAGAUAUUCUUACCACCAAAAAG